UUGGCUUUAGCCGACCAAUCUGUGGCCCGGGGCUUUCGCUUGAGCCCUUCUGGUGCGCCAUGGCUUUGGAGCUCUUACUGUCGGGUGCCGCGAUGGCACCCAGUGCCCUUAGAGCAAGGCACCUGGACAUCAUGGAUGAUUUGGGCUCCACAGAAUGUCUUCGGAGUCCUGGAUGGUGGCUGUGCUUGCUUGGAGUCUCGACGAACUACCUUAUGCAUGGCUUUAUCUGGAACUACCCCUCCCGAUUUUCGGCGCUUUGCCAGAAAGCGCCCCUGAAGAUCCUUGGUGGGCAUCCGGUGGAUGUCUUUGCAUCCUUAGAGGUGGUGGCGAAGAUUAUCCAGGGUUGCUCUUUGCUGGCCUUUCUGGGCAGCUCCGGCCGCGCAGCGGCCUGGCAAGCCAUUUCUGCUGCCCCUGGAUGGUGCUGGGCGGCCGGGGGCGUGUUGGUGGCGGCCGGCCAGGCACUGAACGUGGCGACCUACAACGCCAUUGGCAAUGCCGGAGUCUACUAUGGUUUCAAGUUGGGCCGCACCGUGCCAUGGUGCUAUGGCUUCCCUUUCAACACCGGUCUGCGGCACCCGCAGUACCUGGGCGUUGUGCUCACGCUCUUUGGCACGCUGCCGAUGCUCAUGAGCAAAGAGAUGCUACAGAUGGGCCUGCCCCAGCUGGUGCUGACAUGGGGUUCCAUGUAUGGCAUCAUGUCCGCCAUGGAACAGGCUGGCGACAACGAAAAGAGUUCCUAGACUCCGACUUUGGCUGCAGAAAGCAGGCUGGCGACUGCCUGGCGGCCGAAAAUCCCUUGGAGCGUGUUUGAAGUUCCGCUUCAAAAAUGCAGGGAGGCAUACUUGCGCUACUUGCGCACUUGAAGGUAAGGAAACUGACACUCAUUUAUAUACAGCUCUA